AUGAAAGAAAUCAUAGAAACUUACCACACCAAUUUCUUAUUUCUUUCGAUCAUUCUCAUCCCUACUCUACUUCUAUUCCAAGAUACCCUUUCAUACUAUUAUCAAAAGAUCUUUUAUCCCAAUCGAAUUCCAAUCAAACCUUUACCAGGUCCGAAAGGUUUACCGAUCAUUGGUAACUUAUUAUCAAUUCCAUCUCAAACACCUUGGAUUAAGUUAACUGAAUGGAGUCGAGAGUUUGGUCCGAUUUAUCGUCUUAAACUAGGCUUCACUACACUUGUGGUCAUCAGUUCACCCGCUAUAGCCAUUGAAUUAUUAGAAAAACGAUCAUCGAUUUAUUCAUCUAGACCACGACAUAUAAUGACAUCUGAACACGUCUCACAUGGUUUAAGAAUGACCUUUAUGCCCUAUAAUGAUCUUUGGCGUCGUGAAAGGAAAUUACUUAAUCAACUUACUCAACCUAGAGUGGCAUCUACCUAUGAACCUAUCCAACUUCAAGAAUCGGCUCAAUUAGUUUUAGAUUUAAUUAAUCAUCCUACUCAACAUCACGCUCAUGCUUUACGGUAUGCAGGUUCAACAGUUUUACAAAUCGCUUUUAAUAGAAGAGCUCAAAACAAUCAAGACAAAUCCAUCACUCGAAUGAGAAAAUGUAAUUCCCAAAUGGUUCGUACAGCCGUACCUGGUUCAUACUUGGUAGAUUCGAUUCCGAUCUUAAACUAUUUACCAUACUUUCUUUCACCUUGGAAAUCUUAUGGUUCAAAAUUAUUUCAUCAAACUUUGGAUUUGUUUUCUGAUUUGUAUUCUCAAGUCGAUUUAAAUGGACCUAAUUGUUUUGUUAAAAGGAUUGAAGAAUUAAAACAUCAGUAUGGUUUGAGUAAAGAAGAAUCAAUCUUUUUAGCUGGUGCAAUGUUUGGAGCAGGUAGUGAUACAACCUCAGAUUUCAUUGAAACCUUUAUUUUUAUCAUGACACUUUAUCCUGAAACAUCUAAAAAGGCUCAAAUCGAACUAGACGAGAUCGUAGGAAAAGAAAGAUUACCUGAUUUUGAAGAUCAAGAGAAACUAAUUUAUUGUCAAGCAUUGAUUCGAGAAGUGAUGAGAUGGCGUACAGUGAUUCCAGGAGGACUUGCUCAUAUGGUUACAGAAGAUGAUAUAUACGAAGGAUAUCAAAUUCCAAAAGGAUCAUCCAUACUAGCAAACCAUUGGGCAUUACAUCUUGAUCCAAAAACAUAUGUAAAUGCAGAAAGAUUUAAUCCGAAUCGGUUUAUUGAUCCUAACACAAAUCGAUUGAUUGGAACUCAAUGGAAUGAAAAAGGUCAUCAUUCUUUUGGUUUCGGUCGUAGGAUUUGUCCUGGGAUACAUAUUGCUGAAAGAUCAGUUUAUAUUACUGCGAUUCGAAUCUUAUGGUCAUUAGAAUUCGAUUCAUCUUCUUCUACUUCUAAUUUAGAUCCAAAUCAAUUCUCAACUGGAUUCUCAUCACAUCCACUUGAUUUUCAAACUAAUUUCAAACCAAGAGGUGAUUGGGUACGAAAAGUUAUUGAAGAAGUUGUUGAACAUCAUGGAUUAGGUGUUAUGGAAAUUUAAAAUCAGAUUGAUCAUCUUUUUGUUUGGUUUGGGUGAAGAAGUUGGAAAGGGUUUAAGUUUUGAAGAAAAUCAGGUAGGUUUGUAUUGGGUUAUAUUGUUUUCAUAACUUGUUUGUCUUGUAUUGACUUUGUAGGAUUAUUUGUAUAAGUGUGAAUUGUGAUGAUUUGAAUGGAAAUCAAUUUGAUCAAGCAUG